UUCAUUUCUUUCCGCACAAGUCAUAUAGCCAUUAACGAACAGCCCAUUGAACCCACAUUUUUCGCCGCCUCUCAUCUCCCUCUCCCCUCUCUCUUUGUUAGCAUAACGAUCUUCUGCCAUCUAGUCCCGCAAUUUCCACAGACCUCUGUCCUAUUUGAUUUUAGAGGGAAACAAAUUUCUAUUCCAUCUCUCACUGUUCAUCGAUCAUUCGUAAACCAAUUCUUCAAAUUUCUACCCAAGCCACACCACAAUGAACAAUUUGUUGUUCCUCUUUUUGUACCAAUCAAUCCAGUGAUUUACUUCUUCGAUCAUUUAAAAAAUUUCAUAUUUUGAUUCAAAAGUUUCCGUCUCUGAAGUUAAUGGCUGCGUGUAAGCGCCUGGUUCAACUAGGUCCAAGUUCUGGAAUCUCAUUCACUAAAUUUCGAAGGUUUUCUUCUUCAGAGAAGCAAUUCGAUGGCUCUUCGAUGAUUUUUGGCAGUUCUUCGUCUUCCAAUUCGAGUUUUAAUCGAUUUGACUUUAGGCAGAUCUCUCAACUUGUCAAACCUAAUGGAAAGCGUGUUUUCCUCGUAGACACGCUAGCUCUGGUGAGGAGGUUAGAAGCACAAGGUGUGCCUUCAAAGCAGGCAGAGGCAAUAACUGCUGCUAUUACUGAAGUUUUAAAUGAUAGCUUGGAAAAUGUGGCACUCUUUGUUUCAAAAGCAGAAAUGCAGAAAACUGACAUGCUUCAUGAGUCAAACCUCUCCAAGUUUAAAACUGAAGUACAAAGUUCCCAGGAGCAUCACUUUUCUUUGUUGCAACGUGAGACUGAAAAGCUUCGGAGUGACAUAGAGAAAAUGCGGAGUGAACUUAGGUAUGAGAUUGACAAGGUCACAGCAGGUCAACGACUGGAUUUAAAUCUUGAAAGAGGGCGCAUACGAGAUGAACUCGCCAAUCAGAAUGCAGAAACCACCAACCUCACUAACAAGCUUGAUCGAGAAAUUCAUGCAUUAAGAGCCCAGUUGGAAGCAGCAAAGUAUGAUGUGAUCAAAUACUGCAUAGGUACUCUCGUCUCGAUCUCUACUGUUGGUCUUGCCGUAAUCCGCAUCCUGUUGUAGGGUAGGUAUUAGCUUUGACAUUUAGAGGUGACGUGAUGUGUUUUAGUGUGAUUCUUUUUAGAGGGUUCCGGCAACCCUUAAAACCUGGGAAAUGUUAGCGACAUUGUUAAGUAGUCAUUUUUUUUGGAUCUCAAAAGAAGCAAAUCCAAGUUGGCUGGAACUAAUAUCUUCACUCUGUUUGGUAUAAACACCAAUUUUACUUGGUGUAACUUUGUUUGACUCUGUAUGCUUGUGCACCUUCAAAACUUUUAGCUUGAAGGUGCAGAAUGUAAAAGAUGGAUGGUGGGUGGACCUAGCUUCAUUUGGAAAGCCUGCACACCUACAAGUACGAUUUUCUGCUCUUAAUUUUUUUUUUUAUGUGGUCCUUGAAAGUUGUUGCAGAUAGAUGUAUGCGUGAUGUGCAUGACUUGACUUGUUAUAUGUUCCAAUAUAUUCGUGAUAUGUUCUUGCUA